AUGUUUCUAUCUCGCCGUCGUCUGUCAAGCAUUAUCUUCGAGGUCUCUGACAAUAAAAAUCUUCAUGAACUCUGGACGCCUGAGCUGUUUAAGCGUAAUGGUACAGCUGGCACUAACAUCUCACUUGAUGAUCAUGAACUUCCAGGACUUGAGUUUGUUUCCGACGGAGUGAUUCGUAUCAGCCUCAAUCGUCAACUCUGUCCCCAACGUGUCAGUGAACUUAUCGAACUCGGUGGCUUUCGUCUUACUGGCGGACGAAUUCGGAGAUUGCGUCAUGAUGAAGACAAGCUUCUGCAACACACCAACGGCGACUUGGCUCUUUGUUAG